UUCAACAUAUAUAUUACAUAUCUUUCUUCCACUUUUCGCCAGUUCCAACCACAACGUUUUCUAGUCAAAUAAAGAAACAAACCAAGGAAAUCCAAUUCUCUCGGAAUAGCAAAUUAUCACACCAAAUAUAUAUCUUGUUGCAAGAGGUUUAUGAAUGUCAUGAGUGUUCCAGAAGCUGCAACUAGCCCUCCUCCACAUCUGUAUCCACAGGAACUUCAGCUUAAGCUUUACCAAGCCUUCAUAUUCUCAAUUCCAAUACUCUUUUCCAUCAUUCUCUUUCUCUUGUUCUACUUGUUCUACCUCAAGAGGAGGGCUUCCUCUCUCUCUUCCUCUUCUCCACAAUUGCUUCCACGGACCAUUGCCAAUCCACCUAGAUAUCAUUCCUCACCUUGUCGUUUGGAUCUCACCCUCCAAUUCCUGGAUAAACUUCCAAGAAUUUUGUUUGAUGAGGAUUUGCUAGCGAGGGAUUCAAUAUGUUGUGUGUGUCUGGGGGAAUUUGAGGUGAAAGAAGAGGUUGUUGAGAUUCCUUAUUGCAAGCACGUGUUCCACUUGGAUUGCAUACAUCACUGGCUUCAAUCAAAUUCCACUUGUCCACUUUGUAGAUGUUCCAUCAUUCCCACUACCAAGUUUCUCAACCCAGCACCUCCUAUUAAUAUUAUAUCAGACCCACCCCAGCAACAUGGUGCUAUCAUUUUGGACUCUCCAUUACAAAUCCUAUCACUGCCACCUCACCCACAAGAUCAUGAACUUGGUGAUUCCUCAAAUGCUGCUAAUUUGCCAAGGGAAUGAAUCAUACAUUAAUUAAUAGUAAUCAAGAGGGGUAUUCAGCUACACAUGAAGAAAAUGUAGUUGUCUACAUCUGAGAAUAUAUUAAUUAAACCAACAUUUUAUGAUAUAAAGUUUUCUACAUAGGAAUAUUCACUGAGUUUGUGCAUGCUUCUCCUGUCAUGACCUUUCUGAAUUGCAUAUUGAACACGCCAACUGUACUUGCGAGUUGCGAUUUUUCUUUUCCAAGUGUAACUAAUUGAUGAGAGUACGUAGCAAUAAAAAUGCAUCAAGUGUCUUCUAAACAUAUGCUAUGAAUUUGCCUUUUGCUAGGCCGUACUUCGUUCAUGUGCCAAAAAAAUGAUUGCUUACAAAAGAUAGCAGAUAUUUAUAUGAUCACUUUACUACUGAAUCCUAGGUUUCCAUAAUGAAUAUAAAUAAGAUUU